GGAGAAGCCCCGCUCUGGGGCGGCAGACCUCCUUCGCGGGGCCAAAGCCGGGGGCCGCCGGCGUGCAGGCGCCGUCGGGGCCGCGGUGGCGGGGCCCGCGCGGAGGGCGUGGGGGCCAGGGCUGCGGGCGCCCCUGCAGUUGCCGAGCGUCGCCAACAGGUUGCACCGUUCCCCGCGGCCGCCGCGCGGCCCCUCGGGCGGGGAGCGGCCGGGGGUGGAGUGGGAGCGCGUGUGUGUGCGAGUGUGUGCGCGCUGUGGCGCCGCCUCCGCCCGCCCCCCGCUCGGUCCCGCUCGCUUGCAGCGGCCGGGCGGCCUUUCGUGUGUCCGCGCUCCCUCCCUCUCCUCCAUUUUGCGAGCUCGAAUCUGUGACUGGAGCCCGAGUCACCGCCCGCCCGUCGGGGACGCAUUCUAGUGGGUGGAAAGAGACUCCGCAGCUGGAGCGGCGGGGCGCCGGACAGAAGACGCGCGCGCCGGAGCUGGGAGCGGGUGGGGGACUGGCUUGUCAGCCGGGAAAUGGGAGACUUUCUGAAAUAGGGGCUCUCCCCUCCCCCCAUGGAGAAGGGGGCGGCUGUUUACUUCCUUUUUUAAGAAAAAAAAUUCUCUCCUGCUCCUCCCGCUUUCACACGCUAAGUUGUUUAUCUCGGCUGCGGUGGGAGCUGCGGACGGUGGCGGGUGAGCGGCGCCUCUGCCAGAGCUGAUAUUUGCUGAUGGACUCCAAAGAAUCAUUAACAUCCCCCAGCAGAGAAGAAGUUCCCAGCAGUGUACUUGGUCCAGAGAGGGGAAAUGUGAUGGACUUCUAUAAAACCCUAAGGGGAGGAGCUACUGCGAAGGUUUCUGCAUCUUUGACUUCACUGGUUGCUGCUUCUCAGUCAGACUCCAAGCAGCAAAGACUUUUGGUUGAUUUUUCAAAAGGCUCUGUAAGCCAUGCCCAACAGCCGGAUCUGUCCAAAGCAGUUUCACUCUCAAUGGGACUGUACAUGGGAGAGACAGAAACAAAAGUGAUGGGAAAUGACCUGGGAUUCCCACAGCAGGGCCAAAUCAGCCUUUCCUCUGGGGAAACAGACUUUCGGCUUCUAGAAGAAAGUAUCGCAAACCUCAAUAGGUCGACUAGUGUUCCAGAGAACGCCAAGAGUUCAGCAUCUGCUUCUGUGUCUGCUGCCCCCACAGAGGAGUUUCCCAAAGCUCACUCUGAUGUGUCCUCAGAACAGCAAAAUCGGAAGGGCCAGACUGGUACCAAUGGUGGCAAUGUGAAGCUGUAUACCACAGACCAAAGCACCUUUGACAUUUUGCAGGAUUUGGAGUUUUCUGGAUCCCCAAGUAAAGAGAUGAAUGAGAGUCCUUGGAGAUCAGACCUGUUGAUAGAUGAAAAUUGUUUGCUUUCUCCUUUGGCAGAAGAGGAUGAUCCAUUGCCUUCGGAAGGAAAUUCGAAUGAGGACUGCAAGCCUCUCAUUUUACCGGACACUAAACCUAAAAUUAAGGAUAAUGGAGAUCUGAUCUUAUCAAGCUCCAACAGUGCACCACUGCCCCAAGUGAAAACAGAAAAAGAAGAUUUUAUUGAACUCUGUACCCCUGGGGUAAUUAAGCAAGAGAAACUGGGCCCAGUUUACUGUCAGGCAAGCUUUUCUGGGGCAAAUAUAAUUGGUAAUAAAAUGUCUGCCAUUUCUGUUCAUGGUGUGAGUACCUCUGGAGGACAGAUGUACCACUAUGAUAUGAAUACAGCAUCCCUUUCUCAACAGCAGGAUCAGAAGCCUAUUUUUAAUGUCAUUCCACCAAUUCCUGUUGGUUCAGAAAAUUGGAAUAGGUGCCAAGGAUCUGGAGACGACAACCUGACUUCCUUGGGGACUAUGAACUUCCCUAGUCGUUCAGUUUUUUCUAACGGCUAUUCAAGCCCUGGAAUGAGACCAGAUGUGAGCUCUCCUCCAUCUAGCUCCUCAACAGCAACGGGACCACCUCCCAAACUCUGUCUGGUGUGCUCUGAUGAAGCUUCAGGAUGUCAUUAUGGGGUCUUGACAUGUGGAAGCUGUAAAGUAUUCUUCAAAAGAGCAGUGGAAGGUAGACAGCAUAAUUAUCUUUGUGCUGGAAGAAAUGAUUGUAUCAUUGAUAAAAUUCGAAGAAAAAACUGCCCUGCAUGCCGCUAUCGAAAAUGUCUUCAAGCUGGAAUGAACCUGGAAGCUCGAAAAACAAAGAAAAAAAUAAAAGGAAUUCAGCAGGCCACUACAGGAGUCUCACAAGACACUUCUGAAAAUCCUGCCAACAAAACAAUAGUUCCCGCAACAUUACCACAACUCACCCCUACCCUGGUGUCCUUGUUGGAAGUCAUUGAACCUGAGGUAUUAUAUGCAGGAUAUGAUAGCUCUGUUCCAGAUUCAACUUGGAGGAUCAUGACCUCACUCAACAUGUUAGGUGGGCGCCAGGUGAUUGCAGCAGUGAAAUGGGCAAAGGCAAUACCAGGAUUCAGGAACUUACACCUAGAUGACCAAAUGACCCUCCUGCAGUAUUCAUGGAUGUUUCUCAUGGCAUUUGCCCUGGGGUGGAGAUCAUACAGACAAUCAAGUGCAAGCUUGCUGUGUUUUGCUCCUGAUCUGAUUAUUAAUGAACAGAGAAUGAGUCUGCCCUGCAUGUACGACCAAUGUAAACAUAUGCUAUAUGUUUCCUCUGAGUUACAAAGGCUUCAGGUAUCUUAUGAAGAAUAUCUCUGUAUGAAAACCUUACUGCUUCUCUCUUCAGUUCCUAAGGAAGGUUUGAAGAGCCAAGAACUGUUUGAUGAAAUUAGAAUGACUUACGUCAAAGAGCUAGGAAAAGCCAUUGUCAAAAGGGAAGGAAACUCCAGUCAGAACUGGCAACGGUUUUAUCAACUGACAAAACUUUUGGACUCCAUGCAUGAAGUGGUUGAAAAUCUCCUGAACUAUUGCUUCCAAACAUUUUUGGAUAAGACCAUGAGUAUUGAAUUCCCAGAGAUGUUAGCUGAAAUCAUCACCAAUCAGAUACCAAAAUAUUCAAAUGGAAAUAUCAAAAAACUUCUCUUUCAUCAAAAGUGACUGCCUUACUAAGAAAGGUUGCCUUAAAGAAAGUUAAAUUUAUAGCUUUUCUUGUACAAACUACCAAUUUGCCCUGUAGAGGUUUUGUUUUUUUUUUUUUUUUUUUUUUUUUUUUUCUGUCUGUUUCUUUUCUCCUUAUAAAUACGCACUACAUGUGGUUUAUAGAGGGCCAAGAUUUGGCAACAGAAGCAAUUGAGUCAUCAUUGUUUAAGUGAUGGCAAAGUAGAUAGUGAAACUUACUCAGUGGUGUAUCCCAGAUAUUAGAAACAAUAAUGUAGGGGCAAUCUCUACUGUCAGAAAAGGAUGGCACCUAAACCACCAGUGCCCAAAGUCUGUGUGAUGAACUUCCUGCUCAUACUUUUCAGUUGGCUGGAUAAAAUUUCUAGACUUUUUGUUGACGUAUUUCCCCAUGUAUAGUUAGGAUAGCAUUUUUGAUUUAUGCAUGGAAACCUGAAAAAAGUUUACAAGUGUAUAUCAGAAAAGGGAAGUUGUGCCUUUUAUAGCUAUUACUGUCUAGUUUUAACACUUUCCUUUAUAUUCAGUAAAGUACGCUUGCUCAUUUUUUUCUUACAUAAUUUUUGUAUUCAAGUUACUGUACAGCUGUUUAAGAUGGGCAGCUAGUUCAUAGCUUUCCUAAAUAAACUCUAAAACAUUAAUCUUUUGUGUGAAAAUGGGUUGGUGCUUCUAACCUGAUGGCACUUAGCUAUCAGAAGACCACAAAAAUUGACUCAAAUCUCCAGUAUUCUUGUCAAAAAAAAAAAAAAAAGCUCAUAUUUUGUAUAUAUCUGCUUCAGUGGAGAACUAUAUAGGUUGUGCAAAUUAAC